CCUCACCUGAUCGCCCCAAGGUUAGCGACGUCUUAUUGAGGAGUCCCUAAAUUAUUUCAGGGGACCUGCUGAAGCUUCUGUGGAUGCUUUAACUCCUUUUGCUUCUCACCUAAUUGGAUUUCAUUGCUAAUCGUUUACUGAUUGUACUUUUGCAGAUGAAUCGGAUCGCACUGCUUUACUUGACUUGAAAGGUAGAGUACUGAACGACCCACUUAAAGUCAUGAGUUCUUGGAACGAUGCCACGUAUUUUUGUGACUGGAUCGGUGUUACUUGCAAUGACACCAAUGGGAGAGUGGUGUCUUUAAACUUGGAAAGUCGAGGUCUAAGUGGUUCUAUACCUCCUUCCUUGGGAAAUCUCACUUACCUAACUGAAAUCCAUUUGGGAGGGAACAACUUCCAUGGCCCAAUUCCUCAAGAGUUUGGUCGGUUGCUUCAAUUGCGUCGUCUCAAUUUAUCCUACAAUAACUUUGGUGGUGAGUUUCCAGCGAAUAUAAGUCAUUGCACUAAGUUGAUUGUCUUGGAGCUUAGCAGCAAUGAGUUUGUGGGUCAGAUUCCGAACGAAUUGUUCACAUUGACUAAGUUGGAACGAUUCAUGUUCGGCAUUAACAAUUUUACUGGAACAAUUCCACCUUGGGUAGGAAAUUUUUCUUCCAUAUUGGCUAUGUCAUUCGGGCGGAACGACUUUCAUGGAAGCAUUCCAAGCGAAAUAGGGCGUCUAUCUAAAAUGGAAUUCUUCACAGUUGUUGAGAAUAAUUUGACGGGUACAGUGCCACCUUCGAUCUAUAACAUAUCUUCUUUGACACUCUUGCAUUUUACUAAAAAUCAUUUGCAAGGUACUCUACCACUAAAUAUCGGAUUUACUCUUCCCAAUCUUCAAUCUUUUGCUGGUGGUAUUAAUAAUUUCGAUGGACCUAUUCCGAAGUCCUUAGCUAAUAUCUCAACCCUUAGAAUCUUAGAUUUUCCUAACAACAAUUUUGUUGGAAUCGUACCCGAUGACAUAGGGAGAUUGAAAUACCUAGAGCGUUUGAAUUUUGGAUCAAAUAGUCUUGGAAGUGGAAAAGUUGGUGACUUAAAUUUUAUUAGUUCCUUGGUCAACUGUACUAGGCUAAGGAUUUUGGGUUUAGAUACGAACCAUUUUGGAGGAGUAGUGCCUUCUUCCAUUGCCAACCUUUCAAACCAGGUAGUUGCCAUAACCUUGGGUGAUAACAUCUUAAGUGGGAGUAUUCCUUUGGGCAUUACAAACUUGAUUAACUUGCAAGUUCUUGCAAUGGAAGGAAACAUGAUGAAUGGUAGUAUCCCUCCCAAUAUAGGGAACCUUAAAAAUUUGGUGCUUUUGUACUUGGGUGGAAAUGGAUUAAUUGGGCCAAUCCCAUCCUCCAUUGGUAACUUAACUUCACUCUCCAAUCUCUACUUGAGUUAUAACAAACAUGACGGACAUAUACCAACAAGCUUAGGCGAAUGCAAAAGCCUUGUAUCUCUUGAGCUAUCUAGUAAUAACCUAAGUGGCACCAUACCAAAGGAAAUCUUUAGUCUCACUUCCCUCUCAAUCACUUUAACCUUAGAUCAUAACUCAUUUACUGGUUCAUUGCCAGAUGAAGUGGGUGGUUUAAUUGGUUUAUUACAAUUAGAUGUAUCAGAAAACAAAUUAUCAGGUAAUAUUCCUAGCAACCUCGGUAAAUAUACUAGUAUGGAACGAUUGUAUCUUGGGGGAAACCAAUUUGAGGGAACAAUUCCUCAAUCUUUAGAAACUUUGAAAAGUCUCGUAAAACUAAAUUUAUCACACAACAACUUGACAGGACCAAUUCCCCAAUUUUUUCGUGAACUUCUUUCUCUUAUAUAUGUCGAUUUAUCCUACAAUAACUUUGUGGGAAAAGUCCCUGAUGAAGGAGUUUUUUCCAAUUCAACCAUGUUUUCUGUCAUUGGGAAUACUAAUCUGUGUGAUGGUUUGCAAGAAUUACAUUUGCCUUCGUGCAUGCCUAACGACCAAACACGUUCAUCAUCAAAGGUGUUAAUCCCUAUAGUAUCUGCAGUCGCAUCUGUUGUUAUUUUGGUGAGCAUCUUCUGUUUGUGUUUUCUGCUUAAGAAGUCGAGAAAGGAUACUUCAACUUCAUCUUUUGCAAAAGAGUUUCUGCCACAAAUUUCAUACUUGGAACUUAGCAAAUCAACCGAUGGAUUCUCAAUGGAUAAUUUGAUUGGUUCGGGUAGUUUCGGUACUGUGUAUAAAGGUUUACUUUCAAAUGGUGGAUCUACUGUUGCCAUAAAAGUUCUAAAUCUCCAACAAGAAGGUGCUUCCAAGAGUUUUUUUGAUGAAUGCAAUGCCCUUUCAAACAUACGACAUCGAAAUCUCCUCAAGAUCAUAACUUCUUGCUCAAGUAUUGAUGCACAUGGCAUUGAAUUUAAAGCUCUAGUUUUCAAUUUUAUGUCCAAUGGAAAUCUUGAUGGUUGGCUUCAUCCUCCAAAUCAGGGGGAAAAUCAAAGGAGGUUGAGUCUCAUCCAGAGAUUGAACAUUGCUAUUGAUAUUGCAUGUGGAUUAGACUAUCUCCAUAAUCAUUGUGAAACUCCUAUUGUUCAUUGUGAUUUGAAGCCUAGCAACAUACUGCUUGAUGACAAUAUGGUAGCUCAUGUAGGGGAUUUUGGAUUAGCUAGAUUCAUGCUAGAAAGAUCAGGUGAUCAAAUAUUUUUUAGUCAAACCAUGUCACUUGUACUCAAGGGUUCUAUUGGAUAUAUCCCUCCAGAGUAUGGUACCGGUAGCAUAAUUUCCAUCGAAGGAGAUAUCUUCAGUUACGGAAUACUAUUACUAGAGAUGUUCAUCGGAAAAAGACCCACAGAUGACACCUUUGGCAAUGAUGUGGAUAUUCACUCGUUCACUAGAAUGGCAUUAUCCCAAGAUGCCUUAAGCAUAAUCGACCCUUCAAUACUAUUUGAAGAAACAUGUCAAGAAGAAAACAACGAUGACAAGAUACGAGUAAAAAGGAUAAAGAGUGGAGAAGAUCAUAAAGAAAUUAUUCUAAGAUGGAAGGAAGAGUGUCUAGUCUCGAUAAUGAGAAUUGGUUUGACAUGCUCUUUAAGAGCACCUAGUGACAGAACCUCAAUGGAUGUCGUCGUUAAUGAAUUGCGAGCAAUUAAAAGCUCGUAUCUAAAAGGCACACUAAAGGUUUCGUAAAUAUUUGUUUCCUCAAGCCUAACAAUGUAAUGCACAACGAAGACAUUAUAGCUAGAUAAAUCAUGUGGGACCAAAUAAUCCAACAUUGUUUAGUCAAACCACAUCACCUGCACUCUAGGGCUCUAUGAGAUAUAUCCCUCCGUGUAUUUCUCUUCCAUAUGUAAGUUGAUUUAUCGAUUCUAAUUGCUA